ACGCAACACGCACGCACGCUGCCCCACCUCUCCUCUACCUCCGCGCCGCGCCAUUGCGCCUCCCCUCAUUUAAACCUAAAACCAAAUCCAAACGCCACACUGUAACACACACACACACACUCUCUACUCUCUCUAAGCUAAGCUAAUGACAGCAGCAAUGGCGCCGCCGCAGCUCGUGUCCGUGCUGGUGGCGCUCCUCUGCGUGGCGGCGGCGUCGCCGGCGGGGGUGGGGGCGGCGCGGUUCGUGUGCAACGCGACGGCGCCGCGGGCGUCCACGUGCCAGGCGCUGGUGGCGUACGCGCCGCCCAACGCCACCACGCUCGCCGCGGUGCGGGCGCUCUUCCAGCUCCGCUCCCACCGCGCGCUGCUGGCGUCCAACGGCCUGCCGCUCUCCACGCCGCCCUCCGCGCCGGCGCCCUCGCCGCUCCGCGUCCGCCUCCCCUGCCUCUGCUCCGGUGGCGCCGGCGCCACCUUCCAGCGCCCCACCUACCGCAUCCGCGCCGGCGACACCCUCGACGCCAUCGCCAGGGGUGUCUUCGCCGGCCUCGUCACCUACCAGGACAUCGCCGCCGCCAACAACGUCUCCGACCCCAACAAGAUCGCCGUCGGCCAGGAGCUCUGGAUCCCCGUGCCCUGCAGCUGCGACCCCGUCGCCGGCCAGCCCGUCGUCCACUACACCUACGUCGUGCCGCCGGGGGCCUCCGUGGCCGCCAUUGCUCAGGACUUCGCCACCACGGAGGCCACCGUCCUCGCCUUGAACCGGAUGCCCGACGCCAAGAGCCUUCUCGCCGGCCAGGUUCUUGAUGUGCCGCUCCGAGCCUGCUCCUCUGCCAUUAGCAGUACAGCUAUAGACCGCAACCUCCUUGUUCCCAAUGGAAGUUACAUUCUGACUGCCAACAACUGCAUCAUGUGUGGCUGCAGCUCCUACACUUGGCAGCUGGAUUGUCAACCAACACAAGGAAUAAGCUCAUCGUUCUGCCCAGCUUCAAAAUGUGGAGAUAUGUUCCUCGGGAACACGACCACAUCGCCGACAUCAUCUUGCGAAAGCACGGCGUGCUCGUAUGCAGGGUACACCAAUAGCACAUCUUUCACCAUCCUUGCCAAUCUUACCACCAGUUCUACAUGCAAUGCUGCUGCGAUGUCUCCAAUGGCGCAGCAGGCUCACUCAUCGGCGUUCAGGCUGGCAUCAACGUGGUUGAGAUGGACUGAGCUGAUCGUUUGUCUUCAUGUCAUUUUCUUGUGUGUAAGCUUCCUCAAUCAUGUUUGAGGAGCAUUUCCAUUCUUGUUUUCUCAGUGCCUGGACUACUGAUUUCGUGGUCUCAUGUUGUGAGUAAUCUGGGCAGUGUAAGUGUGGACUUAAUAAGUAGCUGAUUGGACGUGUAAGUGUGGAUGGACACCAGGGGAACACAUGUUUUUGUGUUAGAAUGUAGAUCAGGAGACAUUUGUACUGUCGAACUCUUGCAAAGGUAGUUCUAUGAUUUUGCUUUUAACCUUUUUUGUGUUGAGUUCGUUUAUAGAGAGAACGGAAUUUGGCUUUGCCUGA